AUGGGGCUGAAGGCGCGGCGCGGCGCGGCGGGCGGUAGCGGGGCCGGAGGGGCGGCGGAGGGGCGGCGGGCUGCGGGCGGCGGCGGAGGGGACCCCGAGCAGGGCUCGCUCGCCCUGGGCUCCGGAGCCGAUCGCGACGGGACGCUGCUGCUGGAAGGCGGUGGGAAGGAGGAGGGUGGCAAGCGGAGCCCUCCGGGGUUGGGGCUGUUGGCGAAGACCCCCUUGAGCCGCCCGGUGAAGAGGAACCACGCCAAGUAUCGCCGGAUCCAAACUUUGAUCUACGACGCCCUGGAACGACCCCGAGGCUGGGCGCUGCUCUACCACGGCUUCGUGUUUCUGAUUGUUUUGGGGUGUUUGAUCUUAGCUGUCCUGACAACUUUCAAGGAGUAUGAAACUGUUUCAGGUGACUGGCUUCUUUUGCUGGAAACCUUUGCCAUUUUCAUCUUUGGAGCAGAGUUUGCCUUAAGAAUCUGGGCUGCAGGAUGUUGCUGCCGCUACAAAGGAUGGAGAGGAAGACUGAAGUUUGCCCGAAAGCCUCUGUGCAUGCUGGAUAUCUUUGUGCUGAUUGCUUCAGUGCCAGUGGUUGCUGUUGGGAACCAGGGCAAUGUUCUGGCCACAUCACUCAGAAGCCUUCGCUUCCUUCAGAUCCUGAGGAUGCUCCGAAUGGACAGACGAGGCGGCACGUGGAAACUUUUGGGAUCAGCUAUUUGUGCACAUAGCAAGGAACUCAUCACUGCUUGGUACAUUGGGUUCCUGACACUCAUACUAUCCUCGUUUCUUGUUUAUCUGGUUGAAAAAGAUGUGCCGGAAAAGGAUGCUAAUGGGGUGGAGAUGAAGGAAGAGUUUGAGACCUAUGCAGAUGCAUUGUGGUGGGGGCUGAUCACCCUUGCUACGAUUGGGUAUGGUGACAAGACUCCCAAGACGUGGGAAGGACGGCUGAUUGCAGCUACAUUCUCACUCAUUGGAGUGUCUUUCUUUGCUCUUCCUGCAGGCAUUCUGGGUUCAGGGUUGGCACUGAAAGUCCAGGAGCAACAUCGUCAGAAACAUUUUGAAAAAAGAAGAAAGCCAGCAGCCGAACUCAUUCAGGCUGCCUGGAGAUACUAUGCUACUAACCCCAACAGAAUUGAUCUUGUUGCUACCUGGAGAUUUUACGAAUCAAUUGUAUCAUUUCCAUUUUUCAGGAAAGAGCAAUUGGAUGGUACUGCCAGUAAUGUCAUGUUUAGUAGGGAGUCAUUCUUUGGAUCGAGCCUCACAAGAAAACUUAGCCAAAAGCUGGGUCUCUUGGAUCGGGUUCGUGGUACCAAUACUAAAGGAAAGCUAUUUACCCCUCUGAAUGUAGAUGCCAUUGAAGAAAGUCCUUCAAAAGAGCCUAAGAAUGUUGUCUUGAAUAAUAAGGAGCGUUUUCGCACUGCAUUCCGAAUGAAAGCGUACGCUUUUUGGCAAAGCUCAGAAGAUGCAGGAACAGGGGAACCUGGGGGAGAAGAGAGAGGCGACAGUAGUGACUUUCUUAUGGAAGAUAUGAUUCCAACAUUCAAGACAGCCAUCAGAGCUGUCAGAAUACUACAGUUUCGUCUCUAUAAAAAAAAAUUCAAGGAGACUUUGAGGCCUUACGAUGUAAAGGAUGUGAUAGAGCAAUACUCAGCAGGGCAUCUUGAUAUGCUUUCCAGAAUAAAGUAUCUUCAGGCAAGAGUAGAUAUGAUUUUUACACCUGGACCUCCAUCUACUCCCAAGCAUAAGAAAUCCCAAAAGGGAGGAGCUUUUUCUUACCCUUCACAACAGUCUCCCAGAAAUGAUCCAUAUGUAGCCAAAGCAUCUACGGUAGAUACUGAAGACCAAAGUAUGAUGGGCAAAUUUGUUAAAGUUGAACGACAGGUAAAUGACAUGGGGAAGAAAUUGGAUUUUCUUGUUGAUAUGCAUAUGCAUCAUAUGGAACAGUUGCAAAUACAAGUUGCUGAGAUAAGUCCACUGAAAGAAAUUGCUUCUCCUGCAAAAGAAAAGAGAGAAGAAAACAAGUAUUCCGAAUUAAAAACAGUAAUCUACAAAUACACUGAUCACUGUACUCAUGAAACUCCUUACAACUUCCAGCAAGUUCCAGUCAACAAAGUCAGUCCGUAUGGUUUCUCAGCACAUGGUCACAUGACUCAUUCACAGCCUCUUUCAACAGGUGGGCAAAACUCUGGCAAACUGCAAGCCACACCUUCCUCAACAUCAUAUGCAGAAAGGCCAACAGUUCUGCCUAUAUUUACAUUAAUGGACUCCCAGGUUAGCUACCAUUCCCAAGGAGACAUGCAAAGCCCUUACUCAGAUAAAGUGUCUCCAAGGCAGAGAAGGAGCUUGACAAGAGACAGCGAUACCCCAUUGUCCCUUCUCUCCGUCAACCAUGAGGAACUUGAGCGCUCCCCAAGUGGCUUCAGUAUCUCCCAAGACAGAGAUGAUUUCCCAUUUGGCCCCAAUGGGGGAUCUGCGUGGAUGAGAGAGAAACGCUACCUAGCAGAGGGGGAAACAGACACAGACACCGACCCUUUUACACCAAGUGGCUCCAUGCCUUUGUCUUCAACAGGGGAUGGAAUUUCAGAUUCAAUAUGGACCCCUUCAAAUAAGCCAGUUUAGAAGUGCGUGGGAGGGUAGUCACUGGCUGACUUCUCCGUGUAAUGUAAGCAUACUUUGUAUAUCUCACUUACUCUGCACCCAAAGCUUACUAGUUCAAAACACCAAUGGCUGCAUAAGAUGCAUGUGAUAUUAGUGGUAGUCAUUCUGCACCAUUUCAUACAAUUUACUAAUGCAGUUUUUUUCAUGCUACCAAAACUAAGGAGCUUAGUUUUGAGCAUGGUUUGCAUGACUUUACCCUAUAUAAAUGGUACAGCUGAUUUCUUCUGUGAUACAUAUCUAUCUGAUAUUCUUCAAUACAACCAACAAUGGUGGAUUGGUAACAGCCAAGAUAUGGUCCUUGCUACACUUUGUAAACAGAGCAGCAAAGUCAAAUUAGUUUCAGGAGCACUGUCCUUUUGUAGAAAUAAAAAAUCUGAAUCCAUUAUCCAAUAUAAGUAACUCAAUCUCUCUCCUAUCUAGCCAAAAGCAUGUAAUAUUCAAGCAGGGAAAAAGCUGUCAAAGCAAAUGACCUUACUGAAAUAGUGUUGUAAACUAAAUGUUUCUCAUGUGAUCUAUUAUAUAACUACCUAUGAAAUACAAUGCUAAAUUGAAAUUGGGGGUAGAAUUAAAAAUGAUGAAAGCCAGUACUAACAUCAGUUUUGGAUAUGUAAUUGCUGCAUAAAUUCCUCAAGCUACUUUGAAAAUUACCACUAGUGAUUAUAAAAUUGCUGGAAACAUGAUUACAGUCCUAUUUUGUAGAAAAAAUUUUGCUAAGUCUAUUUCUUUCUUAUGGGGCCAAGGUUUCUCUCUGUUCCAAAAAGAAAAAAAAAAAAAAAAAGUUGUUCAUUGCAGAGAAACUCAAGUUUCCACUCUUUUACUGAGUUAUAUAGUGUAUGUAGUGUUAAGUUCCAUAAUACAAAUGUUCUUCGGUUUGCCCGUGUGUUUAUUUGGAGUCGUAGUUACAUAAAUACAGGUUGUGAGGCUCAAUUCACUAUUGUUUGUGAAGUGCUUUAAGCUUCUCAGAUCUGCAGAGCAACACUUUUCUGUUCCCUGGGAGCUCCACAGUGCAGGAAGAUGUGUGUCUAGCUUACAAUUUCUUUUUGAAAUGGACAGCUGCAAAUCCAUGUAUGACAGUCAUAUUUAACUUCAAUGUAUGAAUAAAUAAAUGCCAUUAUUUUAUCCUGUGCCUGAGCAGCAGAGGUAAAAGAUUACACCUUAGGCCUCAGCCAAACAAUUCCUGUGCAAAUUGGAAACUUUGUAGAGAGAGCAGGAAAACAAUACAGUCCACUGGGCACAGGGCAGAAAUGAAUCUGAGAUCUCACCACCACAAAUGCGAAUGCAGUUUCUAUACAGCUAGUGAAACACAGCCUAUCCAAAUAUCCUAUGCAGAAUCUCAAUCCAAGUGUCCAUGAAAUAGCAUCCAUUUGAUGUCAAUUUCAAUUGCUAUGCACUCUUUACAGCAGGUGGAAAACUAAUCUGCACAGUCAGUGAGCACAGGGUACAAGAAACAUGUCACAGACACCCACGGUCAGUGGAUGAAGAUCUCACCUCCACUGCAUCAUCCAAGGUGCAGCUUCUGCCAUAGCUCCUGUUCCACCUCCUGCUAAGAAUGACUUCUGCCUCUCCAGACGUCUAAUGUCUCUACCACCAAAGAAGGCAUAAGGAUAUGGCUAGGGAGGAUGUUACAAAGUGAAUUUUCUGUCAUGGCUGUACAGCUAAGCAUUGUUGGCACAUGCAAUUAGAGGACAAGAAGAGAUACCCUACAGGUAUUCCUGUGUAUCUCUUGGGAAUUGCACAAGCUUGGUGGAAGGAUACCUUGUUGGGUUUUGCCCACUUUGUCAGCAGCUCUAUGUUUGUUGAUUCUUCAGAGUUGUUGACAUCUCAUGAUAAUCAUUCCAUCUGGGGAACUUCUAUUCUGUUCCAGAUAUUGUCAGGCAUUGUCUUCAUCUUCAUUGUUUACUUAAGAGCUAUCUAAAAAGAAAUAGGAUCUUCUUACUCUAAUAUUUCAUCUGCUUCAUCAGCUAAAAUCAUGAUACAGCCUUCUUGGCCAGAUCUUCAGGGAGAAGAAAUUCUUGUAAUUAGUUGUGUAAAUAAAUCACACCAAUUACAGCCUUCGAAGACUGAGUUGAGGCCAUGAAGCUGAUCUGAGGCCAAUAAUGAGAUACAAUUUUAAUAGUUACUUAUUUGACAAAGUAGCUGUUCAUCUGAAAGACAGCCUCUGUUUGUUGCAGUUUCAUGGCUAAAAUCAAUGAGAAUAAACUAGCUGCAAAAUUGUAAUUCAUUGUAAUUUGGCAUGUUGAGAAAAAUCAUUUGACUAUCAAUGAUUCUUGGAAGAACCUAUACGUAGCUACUGCAGCCUUUUCUAUACAGGAGUAUUUAUCAGUGACCUCCUGAGAUGAAUGAAAAGGAAUGAAAACUUAUCUUAAUAUUGCUAGACUUCUUCCGAUGUUGCUUCGUUUUUCUAGUGCAUCAAGUGCUGGGCAUUCCUACUGAUUUCAGUGCAGAUUGGAACUUGUUAAAAUGUUUUAUAGAUCUGAGCAAUCAAAAAUCAAGGCAGUCCACAAGCAAGGGCAAUCUGAGAAUUUUUUUUUUUUUUUUUGUGAAUGUCUUUGUUAUGCAGUUGUGCAUAAAUGUGCUGUUACAUACUUCUCUGCCCAAUUUGCCUCCAAUUCUUCAGUUCAGGUUUCUAAUCUCUCUCAUGCCAAGUCAUACAAAGAUAAUCUUUUCUCAGUAUUAAGUCUGGCUGAAAAUCCAUAAAUCAACUCAUUGUAAAGGUAUAUUAAUUCCAAGAGAGAAUCCAAGGAGUGGCAGAUGUUUGGAUCAAUCUUAUCUGCAUACUAAAGUGCAGCCAAGGAAAGGAGGAUUUGGGCUAUGCUACAUUCUGUGUGCAUAGCAGCUGAACACCUGUAAGUUAGCAUUUUCUGUGGGUUGUAAGCACCAGUUUAUCAUAUGUAGAUUAAAAAGACAGGGUCAGGUGUCUGUAGUUACAUCAUGAAAUAUUUCAUGGCAUAAUAAGUUGCAGUUAAGGCCUUUUAGAAGGUAAUAAUGGCAAGUUCAGCAAUGCCCUAUGCAGCAGACAUCUCUGAAUUCUCUAGAAGAAAUAUGGGGGGAGAGCCAAGGAGGGUCUGAAAAACUUAUUAUUUUUUACCCAGUGAAUUAAUUUCCUUUGAGAUCAGCCACUAGUCACUUCAGAAGGGUGUUCUGCUCAGCAGCUCUGUCCUCCUGCAUCAUCUGAAUUAAAAAUAGAGAGAGCAUUCAUUCUGCUCUCAGUGUUGACAAUGUAAAUGUGUCCAGAUGUCACCAACAAGGUGAAACCUGGUGAUCAUCUCAGAUUUGGAAUGUGCACAAGAUCUUCAUCAGAACUGCACUUCAGUUUGAGUCCAGAAAGUGCAUCAACCAAGGCACGCCAUUUGUGUGUCUGCCAUAGACACUGGGCACUGCAUAAUAAAGUAUCUGUGGUGUGAUCUAAGAGGUCAGGGCCUCUAUUUUGAAGUAGGUUUAUCACAAAAAAAGGAAACAUUCACAAUUUCAGAUGAGAGUGGCCUCUGAGUUUAUGCUGCUUUUCAUAUUAAAAUGAAUGUGAACAAAUAACAGAUUUAUUCUAUCAUAAAAUCAUAGAAUCACAAGAUUGGAAAGGACCUACAAGUCAUCUAGUCCAACCAUCCUCCCAUUACCAUUGCUACCAUUAUCUUUCAUUAAUAUGUGACAUUUCAGUUUAACAGCUACUAGUUUUCUUAGACUCAUAUCUUUCCAUUGUCUUUCCAUAUAGUUAGGAUUAAAGACUAUUUAUUGGAAUUUGCUCUUUGCUGACUCUUAUUUCCUGCAAGUAAUCAAGAAUCCAUUUUAGGGCUUGAAAUGUUUUUAUUAAUUAGGAAGUGUGGGCCUUUCCUCUGCUCUCCUUGAAGUCACUAAACCUGCUCACACCGAUGCACUGGGUCAGCAUAAGGCCCUAAUCUGCCUUUAUUUAUGAAUUUUCUUGGAAAAACACUGAUUGGAAAAUAGUUUUUUUACCUGUUUUUUUUUACACUGAUUUUUCUGUCACUAUAAAGUGACUAUAAAUCUCUACGUUUUUGAAGAAGUACAUAUGUUUAUAUUGAGUAUCUCUCUUUGUUGCAUUAUCAUCAAUCAAUCUUCCUCAGUUUAAAUUCAAACCAAGAACAUUAAUUAUUGCAGAAAUGAAUGCCUAGUCUAAGUACACAGUUGUAUAAGUAUUUUAUGCUCCAUUUAGGAAAUAAAUACUUUCAGAAAAAAUCUGGUCAGGUAAUGGUUGCUGUCCUUGCUUUUCCCUGCACUGGAUUAAUUGAUUUGGCUCUGUCAGAAUAUAUAGGAUUUAAGCACAUGGAGAGAUCGAUAGGAUCUGUUCCUAAACUGACUUUGGAUAUAUUUGUUCUAUUCUUAUCUCUAACUUUGCUGCACUGUUACAGUUCAGAGUGGAAACAGUUUUAUAUUUUUCUGCUUCAAAUUGUGGCCCAGGAAGGCUGCAAAAUAAUCACUGAUCUACACAUGAUGGGGCUGCUGACUCAUGGCCUUCAGGCAAGCAUCACAACCCAAUCAGUUUGCAGAAUCAGAUUAGGGAGCAAAUUCAGCCCUGCUGGGAGUCCAGGCAUUUCAGGAGCUGGAUUUGUCCCACUCAGAACAAAACGUAAGAAAAGCUGGAUUAUAAUUCCUUGCACCCCACAGCCUCCUCCAUUAAACUUGAGGUGCCAAGAGCAAACCUAAAUUUUCUUCAGUGUCUCAUGAAUUUGGAAUGGUACCACCUUCUGAGAUACUCAACUGAAUGUGGGUGUUGCCUUUUGAAGAUCGUUUUCAGGGGUGCAGGAAGAGAAAGGGGCUGUUCUCAAAUGUCCACAGUAGGGCACCAUGGGAAUUGAGACCCUGGAUGUCACUAUUGCUUAUGAGUAUUUAGGCUGUAAGAUUUGAUCCUUCCCAAUUCAGCUUUUAGCAGCUUUUGUCUGAAGUGAAGUGAAGCAAAAUCCUGGAAGCAGGAUCCUAUCUCCAUCCUAAGAAUAUGCUGAGACUGAAGGUUACAUAGCCAACUGCAUUUUGUUUUCUAGUUAUGGCAUCUUAUUAUUACUAGUAUUUGUGCCUUGCUCACUGAAUUUUUCUCCAUGCUACAAAGAUGCUUUUCAGAUUCUGGCUGACAAGGGAACACAACUUUUAUACAAGUGGCCUUUAGUGCUCUUUAUAAUAUUAUUUAUUGUAAUUUUUAAACUGUAUGUGUAAUUUAUAUUCUGGCACUGUCCAAUAUUUGAACAACUUUAAUAUGUUUAUUUCAAUAUAUUAUGCAAACAAUACUUCUUAACUGAUUUUUUAUGUUCUGUCUUUAAAACUGCACCACUUAUUAAUAAAUAGAAAUUUCAAUUAU